AUGGACCCUGUACGCAUCAAAGAGAUUGUCUCUGAGUGGAUUGAUGGCGUUUCAGAACUUCUCAAGACGACAGACCAGCAAAACAUUUCAGGAAAGGAUCUAGAGCCAAAGAUUAGAAAGUUGUUCCUUGACAACAGCUACUGGAGAGAUCUUGUAUGCCUCUCUUGGGAUUUCCGUACUUUGACCAGUCCCGAAGGUAUCGCAAACUAUCUGGCAGAAGAAAAUCGGCUGCAAAAUCUAAAAGCAGUGCGUCUCGAUGAUAAUCCGGCUCAUCAGCCCCGAGAUUUCCCCAUUCAUGCGGCCUUGCCUCCCGAUGGACCCAUCUUUGGUAUUAUCGUGUUCCUAGAGCUGGAACUCAGCUCUGAUAGGAUAGGCACUGGCAUGCUACAGCUUGGACGUGAUGAAGAUGGCUCUUGGAAAGCUUACUCCUUCAGCACGCUUCUUGAAGAGAUUAAAGGAUAUGAAGCAAAGUGUGGUCCUCGCAGACCCGAGAAUUUGCGCUAUGGGUACGAGCCGGGGAGACGGAACUUUUCAGAGGUUAGAGCUACGGAGCGUGAGAUGAAAGAUAAAGAGCCUGCUGUUGUUAUCAUCGGAGCUGGCCAUACCGGACUAACGGUUGCGGCCCACCUGACUCACAUGGGCAUCCGCGCUCUCGUCAUAGACAAGAACCCUCGAGUAGGAGAUAAUUGGCGCCAGAGAUACGGUAAAUUGGUGCUUCAUGAUCCCGUAUAUGCAGAGAGUUUGCCUUACAUGAAGUAUCCAGAGACUUGGCCUUUAUUUGCCCCAAAAGAAAAGAUGGGAGACUUUCUCGAGAGCUAUGCCAAGUUGCUGGACUUGAAUGUCUGGACAGACAGCACCCUGAAGUCAUCUGAUUACGAUCCAUCGAGUAAGCAAUGGACGGUGACGAUUGAACGAGGCACGGCCAGUGGCAACGCCGAGAUACGCACGUUUCGCACAAAUCACAUUGUAGCAGCUAGUGGUCUGGAUGGUCAGCCAAGGCUUCCAAACAUACCCGGCCUAGCCAGCUUCAAAAGUAAGAAUGGGACUGGCGUCAUUCACUCCGCCCUAGCUGGAGAGGCGGCCGUAGCAGGGCCCGGGGAGAAGAUUGUUGUUGUUGGCAUGGGUAACUCCGCCAUAGAUAUCGCGCAAGGAAGCUGGGAAAACGGGGCAGAGGUCACCAUGAUUCAGCGUGGGCCUUCCUACUUCUUCCGCCGUGAUUCGCUGGUGAAACACGGGUUUAUGACGGCUUACUGGCAUAAACCUCUAUUGCCUGAGCAUGAGAUGGACAUGAUCAUGUGGGCAUACCCGAUGCCCAUCCGGAUGACGAGGGGCACUUCGCUCGCGCAGGCGAUGUUGAAGGAAGAUGAGGAGUUGCUCCAGAAAAUGACGGCCCUUGGCUUCCAAUUUACUUCUGGGCCUAACGGUACGGGCUUGAUUGGUAUUGUCGCGGAGAGGAAACAUCCGUACGUUAACGACACUGGCUGCAUGACGCUUGUGGCAGAGAAGAAGAUUGCGCUUCAGACUGGGCCUAUAGAGCGGAUCACGGAAAACUCGAUUGUCAUGAGCAACGGAACUACAUUGCCCGCGGAUCACAUCAUCAUGGCGACUGGCUAUCAAGGUGCUGCUGCAGCUGUUAGAGAUCUUAUGGGCGAGAAAGUUUUCAGCAAACUAGGGAAGCCCUUUGAAUAUGACGAGGAAGGGGAGUGGAUUGGCAAUUGGAGGCCCUCGGGCCAUGAGCGUUUCUGGAUGUGUGCUGCUCCGCUCGUCUUUUCACGACUUCCGGCGAAGCUGCUGGCAUUGCAGAUUUUGGGUGUUGAAUUGGGUUUACAUUGA